CCAAAAAUGAAGAAGGCACUCCCCCUGAAAGGCGGGUCGGCAGGCUCGAGGCACGGGCCGAAAUCUCCAAAGGACCUGGAGAACGUAUUGAAGCAAUAUUUUGGGUAUUCAGAGUUUCGUGGAAGGCAACUGGAGGCUAUAGAGGCUGUUCUUUCAGGGAGGGAUUGCUUCUGUUUGAUGCCGACUGGAGGUGGCAAGUCCAUGUGCUACCAGAUCCCUGCUCUAGUGAAGGCAGGCAUUGUUCUUGUUAUCUCACCCUUAAUAGCUCUGAUGGAGAAUCAGGUUACCAGCUUGAAAAGUAAAGGGAUUCCAGCUGAAUUUCUCUCUUCGACACAAACAACCCAAAAUAAAAACAAGAUACAUGAAGAUCUCGAUUCUGGCAAUCCUUCUAUAAAGUUGCUGUAUGUUACUCCUGAGUUAGUUGCAACAUAUGGGUUCAAGGAAAAGCUAACAAAGCUCUAUAACAGAGGCCUUCUUGGCCUUGUUGCUAUUGAUGAGGCUCAUUGUAUUUCAAGUUGGGGCCAUGAUUUCAGACCUAGCUACCGCAAAAUUUCAUCAUUGAGGAAGCAGUUCCCAGAUAUCCCUAUAUUGGCUUUGACUGCAACUGCUGUUCCAAAAGUCCAGAACGAUGUGAUAUCAUCAUUGUGCUUGCAAAACCCAGUAAUUCUUAAAGCCUCUUUUAAUCGACCUAAUAUAUUCUAUGAAGUUCGUUACAAGGAUCUUCUUGACAAUGUUUAUGCUGAUAUAUCAAAUUUACUGAAGUCCAGUGGAAAUGUUUGCUCAAUUAUAUAUUGUCUUGAGCGUGCUGCUUGUGAUGAUCUAACUAUGCAUUUGUCAGAGCAGGGUAUCUCUUGUGCUGCUUAUCAUGCUGGCUUGAAUAGCAAGGUGCGAAGUGCUGUUCUUGAUGACUGGCUUUCAUCAAGAACUCAAGUUGUUGUUGCAACUGUGGCAUUUGGAAUGGGUAUUGAUAGACAAGAUGUCCGCAUUGUAUGCCAUUUCAACUUGCCUAAGUCGAUGGAAUCUUUCUACCAGGAGUCUGGACGAGCUGGCCGUGACCAACAGCCUUCCAAGAGUGUUUUAUAUUAUGGAUUAGAGGACCGAAGGAGAAUGGAAUUUAUUUUGAGAAACAGCAGCAGUAAAAAACAACAGCCGUCUUCCUCUUCGACUGAGCUUUCACAGAAGGCCCUAGCCGACUUUAGUCAGAUAGUUGAAUAUUGUGAAAGUCCUAGCUGUCGACGAAAAAAGAUCAUUGAGAGCUUUGGAGAAAAGGUACAGCCAACUUUAUGCCAACGCUCAUGUGAUGCUUGCAAGCACCCAAAUCAAGUGUCCUCGUGUUUGGAGGAACUUCGUCGUGUGCCCAAUUGCCGCUUUAACAAGAUCUCUCCAGUAUUCAAAAGCUCAUCAGCUAAUCCGAAACACUUGGACACAGAAUUUUGGAAUCGUGAAGAUGAUGUAAGCGCAUCAGCUGAAGAAAUAUCAGAUUCUGAUGAUGAUGAUGAGGUAGUGAGCGACAUUGCCAUGUCAAAGUUUUCAUCGGAAAGAGGUUUGGAAGCAAAACUUGAUGCCUUGGAGCGUGCUGAAAAUGCUUAUUUUCAAGCCAAAGGCCCGCCUAAACAGCAGGGUGACAAGCUUAGUGACAAGAAGAGCAUAUCUCAGGCUCUAAGAGAUGCAAGCAGGAAAAGAUUGUUGGGUUCCCUUGGACAAGCAAAGCUGCGCCUUGGCAAUCUACGGAUCACCGAAGAGGCUUCUGCCACACACCUUGAAGCAGAGUCCUUCAAGAAGUAUCAGAAAGUGGGGAAAACGUUCUACAACUCUCAGAUAGCCGCCACGGUUCGGUGGCUGGCAUCUUCAAGUUCUGACCAGAUUCAUGAUCGCCUCAAAGCCCUAACUGGCCAGACCAGCGAUCAGGAUGCAGCCUCCAGCUCCCCUUGCGUCGCCCCAGAUGGCUUGGGUAAAAAUGCAGGAGAACCCCAGCCUUCUAAUGAGUCUGCGAAGACUGCAGCUUCGACUGAAAAUAUGGAGCGCUCCAGGAUGUCAUCAUCUGGACAAUUCGUCAGUGAAGCAAGAAGGGAUAGUGCAAUCGGUCCCAUGGAACUUCCCAAGAUACCAUCAUUCAGAGAAUUCAUGAGCCAAAAAGGAAGGGACCGUGCAACCAGCUCUUCCAGAGAAGAGAGCCAGACUCGCGGCAUUCCUAGAAAAGCUAGCUCUGUGAUCAGCAAGGAUGGAACGACAGCAACAUUCAAGAAGAUGAAAUCAUGAGUGAUGAUUUCUCUGUAGUACAUGCUAACUUGCUCUUAAUUCACUGUAGGAAUGCGAAUGCAAUUUUGUAAUGCAGCAAUCAAACACUGCACUUCUGCUUUUCGGUGAUUCGUUUCCUCUCAAAUGGAGAACAUGACACUGUUCUGCAACACGUAUCUCUGGGCAUUGCAACAGUGUA